AUGUCUUUGCAGGAUCUUAUACCCGUAGUUAACAAGUUGCAAGAUAUUGUAACCACUACUCAAUUGGCUGAUAUUGAUUUACCCAUUUUGGCAGUUGUUGGGUCCCAAUCUUGUGGUAAGUCAUCAGUACUUGAAAACAUUGUUGGCAGAGAUUUUUUACCUAGGGGUACUGGAAUUGUCACUCGUAGACCUUUGGUUUUGCAAUUGAUCAAUGUUAAAGAAGAUGAUCCUAUAGUGACAAAGUACCAACAGAAGCUGCCAAAGAAGCAAAAGUCGAAGAAGAAGAAGAACGGAGGCAAGGAGCAUGAUGAUGAUGACAACAGCGACAAUGACAAUGACCAUGACUCUGAAGAGGAAGUUGAUUUGGAAGAGCAUAUUCGAAAAAUGAAUGGUGGUAAAUCCGGCAACGAUAAAAAGAAAAGUAGCAAUACACGGGCUGAAUGGGGUGAGUUUUUACACAUUCCAAACAAACGUUUUUACAGCUUUCAUGAUAUUAGAAGAGAAAUUGAAAGUGAGACUUUGAGAAUUGCUGGAGAGAACAAGGGAAUUAGCAGAUUACCCAUCAACCUCAAAAUCUAUUCCCCAAAUGUGUUGAAUUUGACUUUGGUUGAUUUACCAGGUUUAACCAAGAUCCCCAUUGGUGACCAGCCCACUGAUAUUGAAAGACAAACAAGAAACUUGAUUUUGGAGUACAUCUCUAAGCCAAAUUGUAUUAUAUUGGCAGUAUCUCCUGCCAAUGUAGAUUUGGUCAACUCUGAAUCUUUGAAAUUGGCAAGACAAGUUGAUCCUACAGGUAAAAGAACUGUGGGGAUUUUGACUAAAUUGGACUUAAUGGAUCAAGGAACAAAUGCCGUGGAUAUUUUAAAGGGCAAUGUUUAUCCAUUGAAAUUGGGAUUUAUUGGUAUUGUCAACAGAUCUCAACAAGACAUUUCUGAAAACAAGUCGUUGGAUGAUUCAUUAUAUUCCGAAGAACAAUUUUUUGCCAAUCAUCCAGCUUAUAGAACCAUGGCAAAUAAGUGUGGUACCAAGUAUCUUGCUCAAACAUUGAAUAAGAUUUUGAUGAAUCACAUUAGAGAUAGAUUACCCGACAUUAAAGCCAAAUUGAAUACCCUUAUGGGUCAAACUGAACACGAAUUGGCUUCGUAUGGAGAAAUGCCCAACAUUGGUGAUUCUAGAGAAGCAAGAGGAGCCAUGAUUCUCACUCUCAUGACUAAAUUUGCCAAUGGAUUUAUCAACUCAAUCGAAGGUAACUCUGUUAAUGAAAUUGAUACAAAGGAGUUGUGUGGUGGUGCUAGGAUUUACUACAUUUACAAUGAAGUAUUUGGUUCCACAUUGGCAUCAAUAAACCCAACUCACAAUUUAUCAGUGCAAGAUAUUCGUACUGCAAUCAGAAACUCAACUGGUCCAAGACCUUCAUUAUUUGUGCCAGAAUUGGCAUUUGAUUUGUUGGUGAAGCCACAAAUUGGCUUAUUGGAAUCUCCAUCACAACGAUGUGUUGAAUUGGUUUAUGAAGAAUUGAUGAAGAUCCUUCAUAGUGUUUGUACAUCGAGCAUUGGGCCUGAGUUAAAUAGGUACCCUCGUUUGCAAACCAAAUUGAUUGAAGUUGUCAGCGAUUUACUUAGAGAACGUCUUGGCCCCACCAUCAAAUAUGUGGAAUCAUUGAUUGAGAUUCAUCGUGCUUAUAUCAACACCAAUCAUCCAAAUUUUGUUGGUGCUGCUAAAGCCAUGAGUGAAGUUGUUGCUGAGCGUCAGAAGCAAAAGGAACAAGAACUGAACAGUAAAUUGAGAUUAGCUACACAAAGGAUCUUGGGUAAAAAGACAAUGAAAAAUAGUGCCAUUGAAGAGGUUGAAGGGGAUGACGAAGCAGAUGGAGAGGAGGAAGAAGAUACUGAUGAAGCGGUGAAGAGAAUGAAGGAGGAUAUAAAUUCAGUUGAUGAUAGAAUAGAUGAAGCUGGUCCCAAACACAAGAGAUCUUUCUCAAAUAGAUCUAAAGCGGACCAUUUCCAUCAUUCACCUUCGCAUCAAAGCAAUAAUGAGUCAUACCUCAAUUAUUUCCUUGGUAAAGAUCCAAUCGUUCAUCAACAACAAUUACAAGCUCAAGCUCAAUUACAUCCAACUCCAUUCAAGUUCCCUCAUCCACAGGAGACCACCUUACAGUUCAAUACCCAAUUCGUCAACAAUGGCGUCAUUCAAAGUCCUCAACAACAGCAUCAACAAUUCCAACAACAACAACUCAAUCACAGUUUUACCCAAAACUCAUCUCCAUCAAUCAAUGGAGGAGGAAACAUCCCCCACCACGAUCUCAACAAAUUAUCCCUUGAUGAAUCAAACGACGGCUCAUCAACAUCAUUUGAAGGCGAUACUGCCAUUUUGGAAUUGACCGAACGCGAACAAAUGGAAUGCGAAUUGAUUCGUCGUUUAAUCAUUUCUUAUUUCAGUAUUGUUCGAGAAAUGAUUCAGGAUCAAGUACCUAAAUCAAUCAUGUGUCUUUUGGUGAAUCAUGUCAAGCAACAGAUUCAAAAUCGGUUGGUUGUGAAGCUAUAUAAUGAUGCAUUGUUUGAUGAAUUAUUACAAGAAGAUGAAGGAAUUCAAGCUGAGCGGGAGAAAUGCGUUGAGUUGUUGAAGACUUAUAAAGAAGCUUCAAAGAUUAUCAGUGACGUCGUAUAG